ACAUCUUGCUGUCGGUAUUUCCUCAUAUCUUUGACAUUCCGCGCUUGAGCGUUUGUUUGCGUAUGGCUGUUUUCAUGUCGCUUUUUGUUGAUUUAUUGCAAUGGAUGUUACAAGUGAUGCUGGUUGUAGGGAGGCAAGCUGCUGUAAAAGAAAAAGAGCUUCAAACUCGUGUGAUGAACGAAGGAACCAAGGAGUUUCGAUAACUGUUGUGACUCUUAAUUCGAUUCUGGACGAUAAUUCGCGUUUAUUUGAAUUUCUGAAGAGUUCUGGUGUUCUUGCUGAUAAGUACAUAUGCGCUACAUGCCUUAAGCCCAUGUCCUGUGUCAAGGUUCCAACAAAAAGAUCUAGUGAUGGGCUAAUGUGGCGCUGCCGAAAAGACAAAGUGUGGAGGUCAAUUCGUAAAGCCACAUGGUUUGAGAAUGCUAGGAUUACCAUUAGAGUUAUUGUUCUGAUGACAUACUGUUUCUGUGUACGCGAGUCUGUUUUAUCCACAAGUCUCUUGGCGGGAGUGAGCGAGACUUCUGUCCUCGACUGGUUUUUAUCAUGUAGGGAAAUUUGUUCAGCGUUGGUGAAGAAGAGAGGUAAAAUUGGAGGCCCAGGAGUUGUAGUUGAGGUGGGCGAAUCGCCAUUUGGAAGUGUUAAGAAUCAUAUGGGAAAGUAUUUACCAGAACUUUGGGUUUGGGGAGCAGUCGUCUGUGGGAAAGAACGUGGCGAACUAGUUUUGAAUGUGGUCGAGAGGAGAGAUGCAAGGAAUUUGCGAUGUCUUAUCGAAGAACACGUCGAGGAUGGGACUGUUAUAUGUUCAGACAAAUGGGAGAGUUACGAGGAUGAAGGGGAAGUGGACCUAGAGACUUUUGCAGCAGAUCACAAUUACCAGUUUCGGAAUAAAGUGGUUGGUAUAAUGGAGCAACAUUGGGAUGAAGUAAAAAGAGUUGUUGGGAGAGGGAAGAGGCGCCGCAGUGGUUUGCAAAACCAUUUGGAUGAAUACGUUUGGAGGGAAAGUGUGUUUGGACACGAGUGUGUGUUUAAUUCUUUCUUGCAGGGUGUUGGAACACUUUAUGUUCCAUUUGUAGCGGACCCUACAGUGGUAGUAGAAGAUACUACACCAGUAGUAGAAGACAUUACACCAGUAGUAGAAGAUCCUACAUUAGCAAUAAAGGACCCUACGCCAGCUGCCGGAGGGAGUCUACCGACAGCAGUAAAUGAUGACCCUCUGCUGGCUGUGGCAGAUCAAUCCUCACCAGUUGCAGCUGCAGUGCAGCCAAAGGAAAGACCUACGAGGCACAGAAAACGUGUUGUGCGUGAAGAUUUUUGGUAUCCCUCAACCCGUGAUCUUCACAUUGCAUAUCUAGAAGAUUAGCACGAAGUUGUUGUUGAAGGGGUGACGUGGUUCCGAUGCUGUUUAAAUUGAGUAUAUGGUCAAAGACUUACUACAAUUGGUUGGUCUUAAACUGUGUGGAGCAUUUUGUGCGAUGGCUCUUUCCUCGUUUGAACUGUCAGUCUGCCAGCAUAAUGAAGACUAGGCAACUUUGUGGUUUUAAAGUUUCUCCGGAUGGCCAAUCACUUCUAGUCCAGUGCUGUUCUCUGGCUCUGCUAUCCCAUGGGUAUUUAGUAGAGCCUGCCUGCCGACCCAAAAGCAUCGAUUCUACAAAAUUGCAUUGACCCUGAAAAAUAAGUUUCACACUUUUUUUGGCAACGGAAUGACAAGAGAUAGCAAUAAAAAAUAAAUCAGCCUGGGGACUUAACUAAUUAAAUAAAAUCAAUAGAAGCUGUUGAAAUGGGCUGACCUAAGAUGCGUGAACUCCACUUUCGACUGAAAGAGUUUGAAAGACAGAGUGCCAGGUGCGGUUGCCGAUCAGGAAAUAAUGCAGUGUCCUCACCAGAGUCUAUAUCUGAUAGAGGUAACUGAAAAUGGCUUUGACCCAGGAGGAGAGAACUGAAGCCACUUUGAUGUCUGGAGUGUGGAAUUUCUGCGUCACAGUAGCAGAUUUUAACAACUGGCACUCAGAAGCACCUCCAGGUUCGAUAUGGCCGAUUUCGAGUUGGCGCCCGUAUUCGAUACAUACCGAAAAAGAUUUAGACCAUUUCACCCGUACCUUACUGGAAUAUUCAGAAUUCCCCGCUCCUGCAAGACUUUUGACAUAACAGGAUGUACUGCAACUUUCUUUUAACUGACACUAUAUAUAUAAAAUAUAUACUACUGUAUGAAGACAUUGUUUAAUGUUACUACCACAUGUCUCAAAAUAUUCGUGACUGAUUUAUUUUAAACUUUUAUAUGAUACUCUAAUAA